AUGUCAAAUCCUAAUGGUAAGCCGGCGUAUCUUGUUGUAGCACGUGAUUCGAAAAAGACUCCCAGAUUGAGUAGGUGUGGGCCUGUAGGCCUAAAUUCCGGUGGGUUGGUCGGUUGGUUGGUUGGUUUUGGACAGACGACAUUUGAUCGAAUUUCCGAACUAUGCAAACACGCCCACAGGUUUCGGGCGCAGGACGUGUUGCAGCUGCAGGCAGUUGUCCGUAACUUCCUUGGAGACGGACCAGGCUCCUACACGGUACUUGAGCCCACAAAAGAUUUCGGUCGACACUGAGCGAAGGGCAGCAUAGGUGCGACGGACCCCAAGCACCAGCAUCCCGAACUGCAGAAGCUCAGACCUCCCCUAAUUUCGCCAAGAAAAAUGAAAAGUGGAUCGAAUGAAACAAAAUGAAGAAACAGAUGCUACCACUGAUCUGCGCGACGGCCCGAAGCGCAGGGCCUUUCUGCUCUGUGGUGCGGCUUUUGUUUUGAUUUUGAUCACAUUUCCACGCCCCCACACUGUGUCCUUUUUUUCGUUUUUUGUGACAGGGAGCGGGAGCCAACUGCUGUGCACAAAAACAAGGCGUCGCGUGAUUUGAAUCAAUGCGAAGCUGCUGAAGCUUCAGACAGAGUGAUAGCCAAGCAACCCAAUCCGACCGGCGUCCACUUUCACCGACCGGCCGCGGGCGGGUGGGCUGGUAGGUGGGUAGGCGUGUCCAGCAGGCCGCGCAGCCCCGCCCCGGCCGAGGCAGGGGGCGCUUGGGUGGGUAAGCCGGCAGGUGUGGCCAAAACGCAGGCACGCAGGCAACGCGCAGGCAGACAGACCGCAAAGGCAGGGAGCUGGGUGGGCGGGCUAGCGGGCGAGGCCAACGGGCAACGCGCACCCGCCCAGCUGCCCAGGCGGACAGGCCGGUAGGCCGGCACGUGUGGCCAACAGGCGUCGCACGCCCGCGCGCCCCUGCUCGGGCAGGUGGGAGGGAGGGUAGGUCGGUCGGCAGGCGUAGCCAGCAACCAAAACAGGCCGGCCCACGCACCCUUUCCCAGGAAGGUGGGUGGGUAGGUCAGCAUGUGUGGCCACCAGGCGACGCGCCUGCCUGGCACACGCACCCCGGGUCAGGCGGGUCGGCGGGUGGUUGGGCAGGCCGGCACGCGCGAUCAGCAGGCUGCGCACACCCGCCCCGGCCCAGGAAUGGGGUUUUUAGGUCGGCAGGCGUGGCCACCCGGCAGCGCAUGCGCCCCUCUGGCAGGUCAGGUGGGUGGGCGGGCCGGUAGGCCCGCGGGUUCGGUGGGGGGCGUGGCGACAGGGCGGCACGCCCCGCCCCACCCCUGCCCGGGCAGGUGGGUGGGCGGGUCGGCUAGCAAGCCGGGCCACCAGGCAACGCGCGCUGGACCAGCCACCCCCGCCAGAGCAAAAGGGUGGGUGGGUAGGUCGGCUGGCGCGACCAGCAGGCAACACACACCCACACUGGCCCAGGCGGGUGGGUGGGUCGGUGGGUAUGUCGGCAGGCGUGGCCACCAGGCAACGCGCGCGCGCCCGUCCCCGCCGAGACAGGCGGGAGGGCGGGUGGGUGGGUCGUCAGGCGUGGCCACCGGGCGGCGCGCCCUCACUCCUGCCAAGGGAGGUGGGUGGGUAGGUCGGCGCGUGUGGCCAGCAGGAAGAGCAUGCUGGCUCACCCGCGCCAAGGCAGGUGGGUCGGUAGGCGUGGCCAAUAGGCAACGCAUGCUCGCCCCACCCCCCCACCAGGCGGAUGGGUGGGAGGGUAGGUCGGUAGGCGUGGCCACCGAUCUCCUCUGGGUGGAAAGGAAUAGGUAGGUAGGUGGGUCGGUGCGAUCACGAGAAUACAAUCGAAAAGAGAGCUGGUGGGUGGGUAGGUAGGCAGCUUCAACAGUAGUAGUAGACGAACCUCAGAAAAACACAACACACAAUGCAGCGGGUUCGAUCAAAUGUCGUCUGUCCAAAACCAACCAACCAACCGACCAACCCACCGGAAUUUAGGCCUACAGGCCCACGCCUAUUGCCCAGAUUAUACCAGCGCGUCCGAAAAUUUAUUUUCAGUAUGCCUUUAAUAGUUCUUGCGCUGCGUCCGGAACAUUUCAGGCAGCAGGCAGAUUUGCAUCACAAGUUGUCCUCUGGGGCCGCGCGGGGGGCCCCACUUUCACAACUACACAGGAUAAGAAGAAUCUACUUCGGAGACCACUUUUUAAGUCCUUUAUUGGUCUAUAGACUGGUGUUCUUUUGCCUGAUUCUUGAAAUUCGGUAUCAAAGACCCCUGGAACUUCUUCCUUGUAUAAAUUCGUUGGCACACGAGGACCACACGGUAGUUCAUUCCUAUAAUCAGUUCUCUGACUCUUUUUGUCACUAGUAGUGAAGAGCUAUAUCCUAAGUAAAAACGUGCCCGCCCCAGAGUCAAGAUGGGAAUUUUGCAGGACAAAUCGACAAGCUUUGGCUGUUGCGCACGAGAAGUUUUGUCCCCUCGUAGUGUAGUCGCGAUUUUUUAGAUAGUGCAGGAGCAUCAUCUUCAUCACAAAUCUAGCCUAUUAUGCUGAUUGGAGCAUCACAAAUUUCAAAACAGCGCUAUAGAAUGUGUCUCAUAGGUCUCCGCAUGAGAAACAUUUUAAGCAUGCAGAUGUGCAUGACGACUCUGGGGUGGGGACAUUUUUCCUCAGGAUAAAUCAGACCGCGUGUUUCAUUAUCAAAUGUAAAAAUGUCUGGGUCUGGAAAUUUGUGAUGCUGGUUGGCGUAUCAUGAGGCGGCCACAAGUGCUGGCUCAGCAUGACAAGUUUCUGAGCUCCUAGGUGUUGCCUAUUCUGCAUGACAAACUGCGCUUCUGCAUCACAGAAACGCGGAGCUCUUGGGUAACGUGCAUGACAGAUUUAAGAGCCAUGCCAGACAAGCAUGACAAACGCGAAUUCUUCCAGACCCAGACAUUUUUGCAUUUCAUAUUCAUCCACAGAUCAGCUCUCCGCCACGUGUGUCACGUGGUGGAUAUCAAAUGCAAAAAUGUCUGGGUCUGGAAGAAUGCAACUUGUGAUGCUGAAUUUGGAUUCCAAAAAAAUCUGUAUUGCAUGAGCAGCAAAGGGAAUGCAAUUUUUGCUACGCGGAGAGGGCAUUUGUCAUGCGGAAUAGGCAUCGCGAAGCCCUCAAAAAAUCUGUGAUGCUGGGGCAUGCAUUACAUGAAUCAUGGAUCAUACAAAAUAUGCAUCACAAAUCUCAGAAUCUUCCAGACCCAGACAUUUUUACAUUUGAUAGUGGAGGAAGGGGUCCAAUUUAUUUUGCACAGCCUCCAAUCAUGUAUAUCAGUUUAUUUUCCCGUUAGUAGUAGAACUACAUCAACUACGCACAAAUGUAAUUCAUACUCGCGGCGGGCCACGCCACGUCAACGAAUUGCGGCAAGUCUGCAGAUGGACGACUUCUUAUCAACUGCACCAAAUUAAUAUGUCUGGGUCUGGAAACUUGUAAUUACACAAGUAUGAACACACUUCUUCUAUAUUCCCAAUUGUGUGCUUCAACGUUUUUUAUCUUUCCUUCUUCAGCGCGAAAAAAGCUUUUCCUUCCGGGCCUUGAGCGCUAGCCUAAACCACAAGAAAAUCUUGUAGCCUAUCCGAUAUGCGGCCCAUCUGCUUCCACUGUAAGGUUGGUAAAGGUGGAGCCAGGUGGUUUUUCAUGUGUUGUUUCUUCCGGUUCAUUUUCGUUCUCCCUCGAGUCAAAUUCCAAAUCCGUUUUUUCUAUUUUCCAUUUCCGAACUACUACUACUCCUACUCGCGGUUCGUGAUCACAAUUUGUUUGUAGUUGUUGCUGAUCGGAUAUUUUUUGCUUUUCGUGGACCGAUGCUAUGCAGUAUUUUUUGCAACUUUUGAAAAAAAGACGUCCAUUUCUAAUUGUUUUUUAUUUUUGCAAGACGACAUGCAUUUUUUGAAAGAUUUUUCUGUACCUAUUUUCCUG